AGGGAUUGCAGAUAUUAUUAAAAUCUGCAGUCUCUGCCAAUCUUACGGCGUUUCUAUUGGCCGACGCUUCCCUCUAGUAAGGGAUUAUAAAGGACCAUGACGGACUACAUUUCAUUGUAUUUCGACUUAGACGAAGCGUCGCAAGCGCCAGAUCCCAACUCCGAGGAGUCCACAUGGUGGUGUGAUGGCGAGCUUAUCGUAGAUAUUCCCGGGUUUACUCCUAUCACAACUCCCAAGGAAGAUCCCAUGACACAAGAAAUAGAUCUAACAGAUUUAGAAGAAAACUUUGCAGGGGGAUUUGGGCCCUACGUCUUCCCUUGGAGCGCGGGCGCAAUGCUAGAGUCAGCAGAGACAAUAGAACUAGAAGAGCAACAAAGAAAUCAGGAGGCUGACUACGAAAUAAUGGUGCAGUUGAACGCUACUUUCUUGGAGAUAAAUUCGAUUAACUGGAAGAAAAAGGCCAAAGAGUUAUUCGAUUUCAUGUAACGAGCCAAUGAACAAGCUUAAUAAAGACUUAUAGAUUAGGUAGGUGAUAAUAGUUGCUUUAAUGAUAUGAUACUAGACUUUAUCUUUGAGAUUUCAUGACUUAUCGGAUCAAAAACUCCUAGGGCUAUCUGCCGCGAUACUGGUGACCUGAAUUAGAUGUGAGAAUUUGAACUUGCGUUACGCGAAUAUAGUCAUAUUAUCAGCUGUCGCGGGGCUCUCGCGAGCACAUGAUCCCUCGAUAUUUAUUGCCACUGGUAUUUAUCGGCUGUAACACUUUGAUGAGGCUCUAGAGGAACAAUAGUAAGCUAGUGGGGUCAUUUAGCUUAAUUCUUACGCUCUAACAAGUAUGAAAAUGAUGAAAAUGACCAAAUUGUGAGAUAGAAAUGGUAUACCUGCUGAUGCAGCCUGCUUUGUUUCCUAUCGCCAAGCCUAAGUUAGGGUAGGAUGAGGAUUCUCGCCA